AUGGAUCUGAGCAGAACGACUGCUUUGCUGCUCUUCAUGGUGGCCUGUGUGAGCUGUGUUACAGGUGAAAAAUUGCCUACACCAGAGAAUUUGCAAGUGAAUAUUUUGCGUGAAGACGUUUUUGUACUCUGGACCGAACCUACUGGUGCCUCCGCUGAUGUGCUGUACAAUGUUCAGUUUGGAAGCAUUGCAGGCGAGUGGAAACCUGUCAAGAAGUGCACAAACAUAUCUAAGACUUUUUGUGACCUGAGCAACUUAAUAGAAGAUUAUAUGGUAAUCUACAAAGUGCGAGUGCAGUCGGAGGAAGGCGGCGUCCACUCUGAGUGGACACCCAAAAAGAAAAUAAGCGUCUACUACAAUCAUUGGGAGACGCUGUCAACACUGUGUGUGUGA